UCAAGCAGCUGUGAUGCUGGCAAGAGAACGCAGCCUCGCUGGAUGGCGAAAGUGGGACUGAAGAAGGUUGAUUCCAAAGCAGCGUUCCUCAAAACUCAGCAUCACACACUGUCAGCAUAUCCCAUAGGGGUGUUGCCAAAGCAGCGAACAUUUGGAAAGUUCCUUGAAAAGGCUCGAGAAGCCACUGGAAUGCUUCAAGCAGGAGAAGAUGAGAAGAAAGACUAGAAACUUCAAACUGAAGACAGUUAAAGACAGUAAAACCCUCUCAGACCUGACUGACCAAGACUCUGAAAAAAACGACAGCCAGCACUGUGACUCUCCAACAUAUGAGAGGGUUCGGGCUAGAAAGAAACAGUAUGUAUGUGCCGAGUGUGGCAAAGCCUUUAGUCAGAACGCAAACCUCACAGUACACGAGCGAAUCCACACGGGGGAGAAACCAUACAAGUGUAAGGAUUGUGGAAAAGCCUUCAGUCACAGCUCCAACCUCGUUGUUCACCGGAGAAUUCACACUGGCUUGAAGCCCUACACGUGCAGUGAGUGUGGGAAAUGUUUCAGCGGGAAGUCACACCUCAUUCGGCACCAGGGGAUCCACAGUGGGGAGAAGACAUACGAGUGUAAGGAGUGCGGGAAGGCCUUUAGUCGGAGCUCAGGACUGAUUUCACAUCACAGAGUUCACACUGGAGAGAAGCCUUACACCUGCCUUGAGUGUGGGAAAGCCUUUAGCCGGAGUUCAAACCUUACUCAACAUCAGAGAAUGCACAAAGGAAAAAAAGUUUACAAAUGUAAGGAGUGUGGGAAAACCUGUGGUUCUAAUACAAAGAUUAUGGACCACCAGAGAAUUCACACUGGGGAAAAGCCUUAUGAAUGCGAUGAGUGUGGCAAAGCUUUCAUCCUAAAGAAAACCCUCAGUGAACACCAGAGACUACAUCGUAGAGAGAAACCCUAUAAAUGUAGUGAGUGUGGGAAAGCUUUCACGUCUAACCGAAACCUGAUUGAUCACCAGCGAGUCCACACUGGAGAGAAACCUUACAAGUGUAACGAAUGCGGGAAGACCUUCAGGCAGACAUCUCAGGUUAUCCUGCAUCUGAGAACCCACACUAAGGAGAAACCGUACAAAUGCAGUGAGUGUGGGAAAGCCUAUCGUUACAGCUCACAGCUUAUUCAACACCAGAGGAAGCACAGUGAAGAGAAAGAGGCCUCCUAACUGUGAAAUCUUGUGGCUAGCAGGGCUCAUUACUACUUUUUGAAAAAGCUUUCAGUUCCAUUAGCCUUACAGGAAUUCAUACAGGGAAAAGUAGACUAAGAUUGAAAAAAGGAGUAUUCAUGCCAGCAUCACCUAAAACCGAAAGAAGAAAACCACAUCUUCUGUGGUGCAAGGUUUAAAUGCUUAGUGAUUCAUCUGUUUAAACAGUCUUCAAGAAUGUUCAAUAUCACAGGGAAAUGAUCCCCAAGAAGAAGCAAUGACACGUCAUGUAGAUUUUUUUAAAUGUGUGUGCAUAGAAAGAAAAGGGAAGGAAGUAAACCCAAAGUAAAAAUGUUAACAGUGGUUACCUCUGGGUAAUGGGAUCACAGAUGACUCCUAUUUUCAUGUGUAUACUUUUCUAUGCUUUGUAGGUUUUCUAAAAUGAGAGGGCUCUACUUUUAUAGUCAGGAAAAGUGUAUUUUUUCAAUGCCUGAGUACCUAUUCAUUUUCACUCAGCAUUGUUAGGAAAGAUAUAUUAGUCAGCGUCAAGCUCCAAGAUUGCAAAUCAAUACAAGGGGGUGCAUGGGAUGCUAAAUGGAAACAUAAGCUUAUCUUGGUAUAAAACCACUCCAUACAUAGCUUUUCCUUCGUGUGCACAUUCCGUACACUUUUUCAACAGUAUGUGGCCUUUAAAACGUUUUUGCACUUCCAUCUUGCAUGAACUUUUCCAAGUGUCCUUGUGCUGGCACUUGGCACUAGAGGAACCCUGAGCAGAUCGCUGGCUAUUACCACGAGCAAUCGCACGUGCCGAUCCUUCUCUUUUAAGAUGAGCUGACUUCGCAGUUGUCAACAAAAUAGGUUAAGACACAUCACCAUCGGUUAAAACACAUCACCAUCCUUUCCCUGGUGUGAGAUGAUACACAGCUACUUGGGCAUCCCUAAAAACUAGAUAAAAGAAAUGUGGCCUCACAAAAUGGAAGCA